AUGUCGUGCCCCGUACAGCAUAAUGUUCACAAUGGUGAAAGGGCCAAUGGGACCGUGAAAGCUAACGGCGAAGGGAAGCCCGCGCCUGGGGAGUACAUCAGAUGGGAUGCCAAAGGAGUCGAGGUUGAACAGCCUGGCGAAAAGGAAAAGAUUCAAGCUGUGUCGGACCAGUUUAACCGAUUUCAGAUGAUGAACUUUAAUGAACACCACCACUGCCUGAGAGGUACACAUUUGAAGACACAAGGAUGUGUCAUUGGCAAAUUCAUCGUCCACAAAGACCUCCCGCCCCACUUGGCACAAGGGAUGUUCAAGAAACCAGGUUCCUAUGAUGUUAUCAUGCGGUACUCUUCGCUCACCCCGAAACUUGUUCCCGAUAACGUGCCUGCUCCUCGGGGCAUCGGAAUGAAGAUCUUUGGAAUCGAGGGUGAAAAGAUCUGGGGAGAGGAUAAAAGGACACAGGAUUGGACUUUCAACAACUAUCCCAUCCUCGAGUUGAGAGACCCAGUCACCACUUAUGAAAUUGCGGACUCGUUGGAGAAGAAUUGGAAUGAUAUUCCCAAGUUCGCGGAGGAGCAGAGCAAGCGUGUCGAUUCUGACGUGGCUACCUGGGGCAGUCAACUACCGAGACAGCACAUGGUUGCCAUGCCUGAAUACUCUCAAGCCGCAUACCGCUUCGGCGACUACGUGGCCAAAUUUGGCGUUUUCCCGCUGGGAGAAGAGCAAAAGAAACUCGAAAAGACCUACAUCAAAGACGACGACCCGAUAAACGUCAUUUCCCAGCACAACCGGGACUUCCACAUGAAUAACAAGGUCACCUAUUCGUUCUGUGCUCAACUGCUCCAAAACCUAGAGGAGCAGCCCGUAGAUGAUAUCGGUGUGGAAUGGGACGGCAAGAAGUAUCCGUUCGAGCAGAUUGCAACCAUUGAAUUCGAACCACAGGAUUCAUGGAUCCCUGAGUUCAGAGUCUGGUGGGAUGACCGCAUUACUGUCAAUUCGUGGCAUGGUCUCAAGGAACAUCAGCCUUUAGGUAGCACCAAUCGUAUGAGAAGAGUGGUAUACGCCGAGUCCAGGAAAUUGAGGCUGAAGGUGAAUGGUUACAAGGAUUAUAUCGAACCUGCGAGCCUGAAAGAGAUUCCUGUGCCCGUAUAG